CAGCCGGGGGGCGGCGGCUCCGCUCUCCCGGGGCAGGGGCAUGAGCGGAGCCUGCGGCCGGGGCUGCGGCCUCGCGGCGCCCUGCCCGCCCCCACGGCUUCCCGGCCCCCGGGCAGGGGAUGAGAGGGGAGCGGAGACCGCGUCCCCCCGCGGCUCCCGGGAGCGAUUGGCCGUGCCGCACCGCGGCGUGUGCGGGAAGUUUAGCGGUGCCUUCGCGCAUCCCAACUUCGGCUGUGGCCUGGCUGGAAAACAGAUGGGGGAAAGGAAUAAUGCCCUGAACGGCAACCUGUGAAAAAGAAUCCCUUGGAACUGCUGCAGAAAAUCCUAGAGGGUCUGCGGCACGUCUGGAGGCCUGAAGUAUGGCCUCGCAUGUGCAAGUUUUCUCUCCUCACACCCUUCAGUCAAGUGCCUUCUGUAGCGUGAAGAAACUGAAAGUAGAGCCGAGUUCAAACUGGGAUAUGACUGGGUACGGCACACACAGUAAAGUCUACAGCCAGAGCAAGAACGUACAGUCCUCCCAAGCAGCCGCCGCAGCCGCCGUCAACGCCUCCCUCCAGAUCCCCAAUCCGAGCAUCCCUUACGAACAGACCAUCAUCUUCCCAGCAAGCACGGGGCACAUCGUAGUGACGUCCGCCAACAGCACUUCUGGCGUGGUGGCAGUGUCUGGGCAAACACUGGGCGGGCCACAUAACCUGAUGCGACGCAGCACUGUGAGCCUUCUGGACACCUACCAAAAAUGUGGACUUAAGCGAAAGAGUGAGGAGAUUGAGAACACGAGCAGCGUGCAGAUCAUUGAAGAGCAUCCACCAAUGAUUCAGAACAAUGCCAGUGGGGCCACUGUAGCCACCGCCACCACCUCCACGGCCACCUCCAAAAACAGUGGCUCCAACAGCGAAGGGGAUUACCAGCUGGUGCAACAUGAGGUGCUCUGUUCCAUGACCAACACGUAUGAAGUGUUAGAAUUUCUUGGCAGGGGAACCUUCGGACAAGUAGUCAAAUGCUGGAAACGUGGCACUAAUGAGAUUGUGGCCAUCAAGAUCCUAAAGAACCAUCCUUCCUAUGCCCGGCAAGGCCAGAUUGAAGUGAGCAUCCUGGCUCGGCUGAGCACAGAAAGUGCAGAUGACUAUAACUUCGUCCGUGCGUAUGAGUGCUUCCAGCACAAGAAUCACACGUGCUUGGUGUUUGAAAUGUUAGAGCAGAACCUCUAUGAUUUCCUAAAACAAAACAAAUUCAGUCCCUUGCCCCUUAAGUACAUUCGACCAAUUCUCCAGCAGGUAGCAACUGCCCUAAUGAAGUUGAAAAGCUUGGGACUGAUUCAUGCUGAUCUUAAACCAGAGAACAUCAUGUUGGUAGACCCAUCCCGACAGCCAUAUAGGGUCAAGGUCAUAGACUUCGGAUCAGCUAGCCAUGUGUCUAAAGCUGUGUGUUCUACCUACCUUCAAUCCAGAUAUUACAGAGCCCCAGAAAUCAUCCUCGGUUUACCAUUUUGUGAAGCAAUCGAUAUGUGGUCAUUGGGAUGUGUCAUUGCAGAGCUGUUCUUGGGCUGGCCUUUGUACCCAGGAGCUUCAGAGUACGAUCAGAUCCGCUAUAUUUCACAGACGCAGGGCUUACCAGCAGAGUAUUUGUUAAGUGCAGGGACAAAGACUACAAGGUUUUUCAACAGGGAUACAGACUCACCGUAUCCUUUGUGGAGGCUGAAGACACCAGAUGAUCAUGAGGCAGAGACGGGGAUUAAGUCGAAGGAAGCAAGGAAGUAUAUUUUCAACUGUUUGGAUGAUAUGGCACAGGUAAGAGCAUUGGUAAAUAUGACAACAGAUUUGGAAGGAAGUGAUAUGUUGGUGGAAAAGGCAGACCGACGGGAGUUCAUAGAUCUGUUAAAGAAGAUGUUGACGAUAGAUGCUGAUAAGAGAAUAACGCCGAUUGAAACUCUGAACCACCCUUUUGUCACCAUGACGCACUUACUCGAUUUCCCUCACAGCACACAUGUUAAGUCCUGCUUCCAGAAUAUGGAGAUUUGCAAGAGGCGGGUGAAUAUGUAUGACACUGUGAACCAGAGCAAGACACCAUUCAUCACCCACGUAGCCCCGAGCACAUCUACCAACUUGACCAUGACUUUUAACAACCAGCUGAACACAGUGCACAACCAGACCACCAACCUGGCUCCCACCUCCUCCAGUGCCACUAUUUCCUUAGCCAACCCCGAAGUCUCCAUACUAAAUUACCAAUCUGCACUCUACCAGCCCUCAGCAGCGUCCAUGGCUGCGGUGGCCCAGCGGAGCAUGCCCUUGCAGACAGGAACAGCGCAGAUCUGUGCCCGGCCCGACCCCUUCCAGCAAGCUCUCAUCGUCUGCCCACCAGGCUUCCAAGGGUUACAAGCCUCCCCUUCGAAGCAUGCUGGGUAUUCAGUUCGGAUGGAGAAUGCUGUUCCCAUUGUCACUCAGGCUCCUGGGGCUCAGCCUCUUCAGAUCCAGCCAGGACUCCUCGCACAGCAAGCAUGGCCCAGCGGUACACAGCAGAUCCUGCUCCCUCCUGCCUGGCAGCAGCUGACUGGGGUGGCCACCCACACUUCUGUCCAGCACGCGACCGUCAUCCCUGAGUCCAUGGCAGGCACCCAGCCACUGGCAGACUGGAGAAACACCCACGCUCACAGCAGCCAUUAUAAUCCCAUCAUGCAGCAGCCCGCACUGUUAGCUAGCCAUGUGACUCUCCCUGCAGCCCAGCCCGUCAAUGUGGGUGUUGCUCACGUCAUGCGCCAGCCGCCCGCCACCGCCACCUCCGCCAGGAAGAGUAAGCAGCACCAGUCGGCGCCUCGAAAUGCAUCCACCUACGAAGUUUCGUCCUCUCAGUCCGUCAGCUCGCCUCAGCGGUCGAAACGAGUGAAGGAAAACACGCCUCCUCGCUGUGCCAUGGUGCACAACAGUCCUGCCUGCAGCACUGCCGUCACCUGCGGCUGGGGUGACAUGGCCACCAGCACCACACGGGAGCGGCAGCGGCAACCCAUAAUCAUUCCCGACACCCCCAGCCCCGCAGUGAGCGUCAUCACUAUCAGCAGCGACACCGAUGAGGAGGAGGAGCAGAAGCAUGCACCCACCAGCACCUUGUCCAAGCAAAGGAAGAACGUCAUCAGCUGUGUCACUGUGCAUGAUUCCCCCUACUCCGAUUCCUCCAGCAACAACAGCCCUUAUGCCGUGCAACAUCGUGCAGGACAGAAUAACGGGAACACGUACGACACCAAAGGGGUUCCAGAGACUCACUGCAGUGGGAACCCCCGAACGAUCAUCGUGCCACCACUGAAAACCCAAGCCAGUGAGGUGUUGGUAGAGUGUGAUAGCCUGGCACCAGUCACCACCAGUCACCACUCAUCCUCCUACAAGUCCAAGUCCUCCAGCACCGUGACCUCCACCAGCGGUCACUCUUCAGGGAGCUCGUCUGGAGCCGUUGCCUAUAGGCAGCAGCGACCAGGAGCACAUUUCCAGCAGCAGCAGCCUCUUAAUCUAAGCCAGGCCCAGCAGCACAUCACGACUGAUCGCACAGGGAGUCACCGGAGACAGCAAGCCUACAUCACUCCAACGAUAGCUCAGGCCCCGUACUCUUUCCCGCACAAUAGUCCCAGCCACGGUACAGUUCAUCCUCACUUGGCCGCGGCUGCCGCUGCUCACCUGCCCACCCAACCCCACCUCUACACAUACACCACCCCGGCCGCCCUGGGCUCCACGGGCACCGUCGCACACCUGGUGGCCUCCCAAGGGUCUGCACGGCACGCCGUGCAGCACACCACCUACCCCGCCAGCAUCGUCCACCAAGUCCCCGUCAGCAUGGGCCCGCGGGUUCUGCCCUCGCCCACCAUCCACCCGAGUCAGUACCAGGCUCAGUUUGCCCAUCAGACCUAUAUCAGUGCUUCUCCAGCCUCCACAGUCUACACUGGAUACCCACUGAGCCCCACCAAGGUCAACCAGUACCCUUACAUCUAAACACUGGAAUAAGGAGCGAGAGACACGCCCGCCACGGGGGAGUGAGGCGGCUGCUUUUGUACUGAAGAACAUGACAAAUAACAAUGCAAUGGGAGGCUCGUGGGAAACUUGAACGAAGGAGACUUUCAGGAAGAAAAGAGAAAGAGGAAAGAAAGGGGAGAACCAAUUCUACACUUUUUAUUUAAAAAAAAAAAUUAAAAAAAAAGAAAAUGGAAAAAAAGAACAGAAAAAAUAUAAAACCACAAAAAAAAAAACAAAAAAAAAAAAACCAACCAUUCUGCACCAAACUAGAGAGAGAGAGAAGCAGAAGGACCCUCCAGCGGGUCCUGUGUUUUGAAGAACUUCACCAAUAGACUUUUAAAGGUUAUUUUCAUCCAAUAGUGAGCUACAUUUAGAAAUUUGUUGUCCAGAACACCUAAAAUAAAAUCCGUCAAGCAUUUAAUCCAGUAGGUGUAUGGAUUAGGGAUUUAUCCAGCACUUCAAAGGGUUUUGCCCCAUUUUUGGCUGUGGUCUCUGUAUCCCAAAGCACGCAUGAGGCUUUGGGGUUCUUCUGGAAAUAGAAAAUGGCUAAAGGAGGCUGAGGGAGGAGGAGAAAAUGUUGUCUCAGUGCCCUUAAAUUCUGACCUAACACUGAUUUGCUUAAACAUACGUGGGCAAAACAGGCCACGCUCUGCUGGCCGAGAUCAGAAGCAAUGGGGUUGUUUUUUUCCCUUUCCUCAAACACACUGGAUAAAUCCCUGAGAAAUUCUGUUCCUAAAUGAGACCUCUAAUAAUGUAUGUUGGAUUUCAGUUUUGUUUCAUUUUGUUUUACUUGGAAGUUUUCCUUUUAAUCCCUAGCCGUUUUAGUAUAGGAGGAGACAUUUUAGCUGCCCCCGGUAGAAUGUAGCACUCUACAGGUCAUACACCCUUUUUACUCUUUUGUGUUGAACUUCAACGAUACCAAUAGAUUAUUCCUCAAUGUGAUUGCACAAAGAAAAGUGAUAUAACAUAGGCAUGUAAGAAAUGUGAUUGUCCAGGUAUGUAUGUACGUGUGUGCGUGUGUGUGUGUGCAGAUGCUGCCUUCUCUCUGUGGUGUGUUCCUCGGCACAGCCAUUACAGCUGUCACAGUCUUAGUUUUACAUCAUUCCCUCGUAGUGCCUUACCGAACUACAGAUGCGGUUUAAGGGUUUACUUCCACUGGUACUCCUAGAAACUGACUGAGGCUAGUCGGAAUUUAAUCUCAGCUCUUUUUCUUUUUGGGUUGUUAUUGCUGAUUUUCUUCUGGUGGUGGUGUUUUCUUUUCCCACGUCGUCGAUCUUAGCUCACUUGGCAUGGUGUUGGGGAGGCUCAUUGGGGCUGGAAGCGUGUGUAUCAGGAUGUUUCCUCUAGCACUGGAUGGGCUGGAAGGGACAGAGUUGUUGUGAGAACCAGCAUGCUUCCCGGGGGGUCUGAAGGUGUGUUUGUGGAUUGGCCUCUUUCUUCCUGUUGGAAGAAUAGCUUUUCUCCCCUAAAACUGAAUCCUUAUGCUUGCUGAUGCUAAAGUAGAAGGACAGAGUCCUCCCGAAUAGUCAGAUUGAUUUAGUUGUGUGUUUGGGAGCUACACCCUAGUCUGUGGGAGGGGGCAACAGCAGCUGUUGUCAACAGCUCUCACUAUAUCUGUCAAUGGGAGGGGAUCAGCAAUGGGCUAAGUUGGGGUACCAAAGCAAGCAUGGCAAAAUCCAGUUGAGGGAUUCAAACUCAGGUUUCAUAAAUGAUAGAGCAUUGAGAGUCAUUGGGCCUUACCCACUGUAACACAGUUGUGGCAGAAUGCAUUUCCCCUCCUCCCCCUAAACUUGCUCUGGAAGAUUUCCCGCAUUUGGCUGUCCCUAGAGCUGGGACCACAUUGUAGUGUGAGUCCUCCAUGCCGAGGAGCAAGGGACAAGGGAAGUUUUGCUGGUAACAGCAGUUGCACUGCUAUAUCGGGAUUUAGAAGUGUCUCAGGAGUACCCUUGUACACAGAAGGGUUUGGAAGGAAGGAGAGAAGAGAGUUUGAAAGAAAGUUUCCGUGAAAGCUGAAGUCUACGUGGGUGCUCAGUUCCACUCCUCGUUUCCCGAUAACUGGAGCAUGAAGUAUUUAAGUGUUUCACAAGAUGCAGGCUCAUCGCCGUGGUGGCAAGGGAUGGGUUCCCUGGCAGCACUGGGGAAGGAGGUUCUUUCAAGAAGGGAAGCUAACAGAAAGAUGAGCACAAAUGCAUUGUCUUGUGGUGAGUGCUUGGCUGGUCUGGUAAAGGGGAUCCUGCUACGCACAGAUGGGGUAACAAGACUGUUGCCUUCUGGCAAACCACCAAGUAACCUCCCUGGUUGCCAGCUCUGAUUCCUGGGCUGUCCUUACACAGUUUUCUUUUCCUCCUGUCCUUCGUUCCAGCUCAAUAUACUGUAAGUGAGGAUGCGAUCUCCCAGCAGUCUGUGCACCUUACGCCUUCCAUUGGAAAUACAACGCAUCCCCUUUCAUCUGGGGCAGAAAAAUAAUUCCCCGUUCUCUUUCUGAAAUUCUGUUGCAUUCCUCUCCUGUCCCACCGGUUCAGGAAUGAGAGUGUCAUGCUGCUUGUGUCAUGAAAAGGAAAGAUAAUGUUAUUUUAUUGUAUGGUUGUUACGAUUAUUGUUAUUAUUUUAUUGUUAUUAUAUUUUACUCUGGGUUUUAAUUGCACAUGCAUUCCUUAAUCUUUGUGUUAAUUCUUUCUUAGUAUCGUUAUUGUUGUUAAUUUUAUGUCCCUUCAUCGGUGGCAUCAGAAGGGUUGCUGUGUUUGUGAACACAGCAGGAGAAAGGGGAAGCAAGGUUGUUCUGAGAAUGAAAUGACAGGGGGAGCGUGCGGCUCUGUGAGACAGCCUGGAGGGGCAGGAGGUGUCCUCCACUCCCCAUCUGCGUUUCAGAAGUCUAGGAAGAUUCAUUCAGAGGCCAAAAACAAACAGCAGCUAACAACGAUCUGUCAAGGGAGCUGGAUUAAAGGCAGGUGGGGGGCUUUACGAUCUAGCUCAAGAUCAUUUUGUUUUGAUUGGACACUUCUAUGAGAUCAAGACCCCAUGUGCUUCAGGCCAUGAUCAGGUGGCCUUCACAAUUAACCCAAGGCCACGCUACGUGUUAAGAUUGGGUUUUCCCUUAGGCAAAAGCAGAUAGAUAGUUCCCCAGAAGCAGAACUAGCAGAAGAACCACUGUGAAGGAGGGCAGGUGGCUCCCAGUCCCAUCACUGGAUGAACAACACUGGUGUGCACAGGAUGUUUUCGCUGGGUAAAACAGGCUGCAGAGAGCAGGUUCCUCACCUCUCCUUCUCUCUGAGCAUUAGUGAGGUGUUCACAGAUGCUUGCUUGGCAUUUUUUUCCCCUGAUGUAGAUUUUUUCUUCUUUUAUAAUUAUUUGUUUCAAAUUUUAUUAUUAAGCUAUUGUAGUCUCUAGAAUGUAGGUAUUUAUGUUUUCAAUUUGCUCUGUUAGAAUGGGGGAAAGCAGUGACUGAAUUUAAACUCCUUAAAAAAUGUUAGGACUUCAGCAGAGACUUAAUCAUGCACCUGAGUGCUUUGCAAAAGAAUAGACUUAAACCCUUUGAGUUAAUUACUUGUUUAUGUGCUUCUCUGGCUUAGGACUGUUGAAGCAUGGAAGGCUGUAAUCUCAGUCGCAAUCACAUUUUAGUUGUAUUAACGAUGUUUUCCCUGUGUACUUAUCUGGUCUGCUCUCCCACUUCGGCUUGAAUCUGAUUUCAGGGGCGUUGAACAGGGCAGCAUGGCUUGAAUCUGAUUUCAAGGGUGUUGAACAGGGCAGCAUGGCACACGUGGGCAGCAGAAGCAAUACUUGUCAGAGAAGGUGGCCUGUUACAUUGCUCUCACUGGAGUUGCUGACCUGCCAGCUGUAGGGGUGGGAGAAUCGUGGUGAAGGGACACUGGUGGCAAGGGAUGAGUAGCAUGACUAUUGAAUUGCUGUGGUGUUGCAACACUGACAGUUAUGUUUUCUGGUGCAAUUCAGCAACACCUCUUCCCUCACACCCAUACAAAGGCAUAGGAUGGAAAAGCGUGGCACUGGUAGGCACAGAGGAAAUCUGAUUGCCUUAGCAGAGGAAACAAAUGCUUUGCAUGCUAUCAGUGCCACAUGCAUAACAGCCAGCUUGUUUUGCUUGCGGCGUCCUCUGGGGAGUAAACAGGUCUGGCGUGUUUGGGUUGGGUUGGUGCUCUUUUUGUGCAUGGAAUGAACUGCAUGGAAACUUGAGAGAGGGGGCGAAGGUUUAGAUGCUGGAAGUGUUAAGAAUGGCUAGUGGCUGGCACUAUGGAAAGGCAGUCCCUUUCCACAUUGUCUCAUCCUGCUUUCUCUGUGUGUGGGAAACAGAAAAAAGCACAGACGUUUCCUCUCCUUGGGGGUGGAUGUUCAGCUUACUGCUGUGAAACCAGAACAUGGAAGAGAGUGGAGAAAAAAAUUGACCUGAGCAGAAUGGGAGAUCCAAACAGAAGCACUUCCCAGUGCAGACGGGGUCAAAUCCAGUCAUUUGAGAGAGCAAAUGCAAUCGCAUCUUCCUCAGUGGGUUGUGCUUGCUUGCACUAACAAAUCAGGCCUCAUCAGAUCUCUGUCUCUCUCUAGUGAUUUUGUCAUGAUACCCGAAGCAUCCAAGAAAGGGACAUUUCUAUCUGACAUGUUUCCUUUCUUAUACUUUCAAGGGAUUAUAUCUUGCAAUUUGGUUUGAAGGAAAUUCCCUUGGCAAACUUGAAGGGUGAUAAACCCAGCUUUUUCGUUAACCAAAGAAAAUUUUUUUAAAGAGAGAGAGUAGAGACCCCCAGCCAGUACAGAAACCAAACCAAGCCACGGCAGUCAGGCAGCAGCGAUGAGCUGUGGAAUUGCCUCUUUCAUCUUCUUUUACUUUUUUCUCUCUCAAGUUUCUAUUGUUAUCUCAAGUAGCUAGCUUGAUAAGCAGAGAAAUUCACACUAAAUAUUGCUGCUAUCCUAAACUUUAGGGGAUGUCAAAAACUUUAUUCUUCUCUCAUUAUCAUUCACCUUAGUUAAGAUGUGUCAGUGGCAACAGUGUGGUGUUGAAAUUGGGAGGGAAUAAGUCUCUGAUUGAUCUGCAUGCUUCUGUAGCAUUUGCUCUGGAUUUAGGAUCCUGGUUUUGCUCCAUGGGUCAGACCCCAAACAGAGUUGUGGUGUGAGGCCUCUGCAGGGCUAGGCACAGGUGCUGGAUGGAGCAGUGUGUUUUUCCACAGCUUGGCAGCCAGCCCAUCGGAGAGACCUGCUGGAUGCAGGAUGCCUGUACGUAGGGUGUGUGUAACUGAUCUUAGCCCAGAGUGGGGAAAAUAUGGGAUGAGGAGGUUUUCCCCUUCCAGCUGAUGUAGCCAUUCCUGUUCUAUUGGAAUGUGUGUCUCCAGUGCUUGAUACUUGUCCUGUCACCCCCUUGUCCUCAGAUCUUCCUAGUGCUCUAAUCAGGUGCCCAAGGUCCCUACUCGCCACCUGUGGUCUGCAACCAUGUGUGCAAGUUGUCCUGCUUGUCCCAUGUGCAUGGAGGUGGAUCUGUGCCACCAGGCUCCCCACACCACAGCACUGAGGAGGAGGAGGAUGAAGAGGAGGAGAAGGAGAAUUCCACCCAAGAGCAGAACAGGCCACAGCUGCAUGCCUGAGCUCUGGUCAUGCAGCAGUGCUCAGAGCCAGGGUGCCAACCCUGUGGCAAACAAUGCUGGAGCUGCUGUGGGAGGCACCAGGUUGUCCAGCUGGGCCUUGUGGUGCACCAGACCUUGGCAGGCCGCUGAGGCCAACCCAGGUGUUGGACAAGCCAGAGCUGUCAGCCUGGGGCCCGGUGCUGGAAGUGACUUCUUCCCAGGGUGGCUGCUGUCCCAUAGGAGCUAUGGGGGCAUGUGUGGCAGCGUGCAGGAUGAGGGCUGUGGCAGCCAUGCUGGGCCCUGCCUGUGCCAGGUGUGGUCAAUGGAAGGAUGCAUGUCAGAGCAUUUACAGCAUCAGGAGUAGGAUCCGAAGCGUGAACGAGCUUGGUUCCUCAAGAGUCUUACAAAGCAUACUCGGAAGGUUGGCUUUCUGCAUUUCUAGUUUGAAACUCCUGUUUCUCAUUUACGGGUUAGCUUUGUCCUUCCAGUUUUAGCAGUGCUGCUAUAACAAACUGUUUGUGUGUGUUUGAGGAUAAAGGUUUUUUUUUUGUUUGUUUUUAAUCUUUUGCUUAUCGUAGUUAAUCUAAGAAAGGCAAUACUAAAGGUAUAUUUUUUUUCCAAAAAUGAUAUUUUUUACUGCACUGAUAAAUAUUGUGACAUCUCUGUUCUUAACUCUUUUGCUGUGAGGGGAACCGUGUGCAGACUCACACCUGUAAAUACUUGCGUGUACUUCUGACAGCCAGGGAUUCUUUUCUUUUUUUUUCUUUCUUUUUCUUUCUUUAGGGCAAGGUUUCUUCUUUGAAACAAAGCAACGGGGCAACAAUGCUCAGAGCAAAGCGAAGCGUAUCCCACUUUGAGAACAUAGUCAAGGAGUUUUCGAAGUGUUGGCGCAGAGUUAACGUUUAAUGCUGACGUAUUUGAUUUGAUUAUUAUUUUUUUUUCCAGCAAAUUGUUUGGAAACGGAUAAGACAGAAAAGCUUUGGUCUGGAGUUCUGAUCAGAAAUGUUAUCCGUCUGUUUCAUGGCACCUCCCCCUUUUAUUUUCGUUGUUGUUUUUCCUUUCUUUUUUCCAAACUGGCUCGCUGCAGGCUCACUGCCCUGGGCUCUCGGUCAGCCGGAGGCUGCGGUGCUCGGGGACCACCGGCCCCUUUGGAAGCAAACCCACUGGCCAGGACCCCGGGUGCUGGCCCAGCAGAGUGCGGGGUACCCUCGGGUUUUUUACAGAAGGAUUUAGAUACACUUAUAUUACGCAAACUGUGACCUAAUGGCAAUAAUUACCUCAAAUGUGGGCAUUCAUCCUGGUUUUAGCCUUUCUGAAAACAUGUAGCCAGCUUGAACUUCGAUUCAAAGACUCUAAACUCUGUAUGGGCGGAAUAGCGAUAAAUGCCCACCCUGGUCAUUGUUGCUUGAGUGGAUUCUGACGACCGUGAAUCUUUAAAGAGAGAGAGUUAAACCAAGGAAUAGAUUACUCUUUUAUGUAUUUUAAUCAAUUGUGAUGUUAAAUGCACAUGUAAGUAUGUAUGUUUAUAGCUACUGUAAAAUGCUUUGGCCUUCUAGAAGAUAUUUAAUGAGUCACAUUUUAAACCGAUAUGAACUGAAUAAUAGACUGUGGCUACUUAAACAGUUUUCUGGCUACAUUUUAUAGUUAUUACAGUGUUUUAUAGUUUACAUUUAAACUGGUACUUUUUAAGGGAAAUCUUGUGUUUGUAAAUGACACCUUCAAAAACUCAAUAGAGCUGCCUCUUUUUAAUUUUGCCCUUUAAAAAUGGAAAAGUACAAGUGUGUCUUUAAUAUGUAUAUUCUGUUUCGAGAUAUAACAUAGUGUUGGAAAGUCAGUCCAGAGAUCAAGUAAUCCACUGUAUUCCAAAGUCUGGUUGAGAAAACACUCCACCCACAGUGCAGAUUUAGCACGUGUAGUCAAACAGAUAAGCUAUGUUCGUGCUUGUUUAGAUUACGUACUUUACUGAACUCCUUGGGUUGAAGCAGGGAGCACAGCACUCCCAAAGUCACUGUUCUUUGUAGGAUCCUCAUCUCGAUGAAGAUACCCGUGUAAGGAGAAUGAAGGAUAUUCAAAGGAAGGAUCAUAUUGUACUGUUGGUCAAUCAUUAGCCAAAUAAUUAAUUCCUGAGUUAGCGAUUUCCUGUUUUACUUUGGUUUUGUGUGUGUGUGUGUGCGCGCGUGUGUGUGUUUGGUGUGUGACAGCCACUCAGAGGCAAUGCUGUAAUUUGGCUUUUGUCUGUUCACCCCGUUGUUACAAGCAGUGCUUACCCCCACAGAGACGUGUUGAACCAGUAAACGAAAUACAAAGUUCAUCGACCAUCCCCUUGUCAGCUUUGUUUUCUUAGCCAACGUCAGUUCCCAUCAGCACUGUCUCACUUAGCUGUCUGGCUUGGUCUUUUGUGUUCUGCCACUUGAGUAACCAAUGAAUACGGUAUAAAUAUCUGCUGGGCAAAAUGACACUGCGUGCCCUCUUCCUCAACCAUCGUGUACGGCUGCCCUCGGCACUUGCCUGGCCUCUUCUUCUUGGGGUCAGACCCACAAGCACCAGCACACUGGAGUGGAGGAGGCAGAGUCCCGCUGAAUACUUUGGCUUGCAGCUUGUCAGGCAAGAAGGGGUUUCUGCCACUGGCAACACACAUCCCAUAGAAUCCGCUGGUUACACGUAGUGCUGCUGCCCUCAGAAAGGAAGUAACAGGCUUCUGCAGUGCUUCCACAUCGCGUGGUUACAUACAACACUUCUGGAUCUCUUUCCCCCUUUUUAUUCCUUCUGUGUUCGAUUCUGUACUUUAUUUAAUUUCAUUUCUGUUCUGUAUUCUUCUCAAAAUGAGACUUCCAUGGAUAUCCCAGGGCACAACCAUUUCAGGUGUAAAAAAGGAUCCCAUCCCAUGUUUCACCAACUGAGAAACCAAGGCUUUUUGGGUACCGACUCUACUUGGGCAGAACCAGAAUGUAGCCUGUGUCUUUUAUACCAAAUCCAAUUUCUGAAAGGAGCGGAAGUGUAACUAAUAGCUUUAUUAAAGGAGUGAGAGAGAGAGAGAGAGAGUGAGAGAGGGAGCGAGACGGAGACAAGAGAGAGGGGCAUCUGGGAAGUGGUGGAGGCUAGACUCCGGGUAGUUAAGAGCCAACCAAUGGGUGAGACUUUUGUUUUCCAAAUGGUAAAAUCCUUCUAAAACCAGGAGUGGGGGAGUGGGGGGACCUUCUGUUUUGUACCUUCUGACUGCUCACAGAGCCAGUGCACUCUGGAUGGAAAGUGGAAGUUUAUGAACACUGCACCGAAAUUAAUAAUGGGGAGAGAGGGGAGGAUAAGCUGUGAAAUACGGUCACCGCUGCAAGGGGAGGGAUGCCCCUGCCCGGCUCUGCAUCUCCAAUGGUUCUUUCUCUACAGCAUCAUCUCAGCCCAGAUACCCCACAAAAGCCCUGAGCCGUUGUGUUCCUUCACUGUACGGUUUCUGUAAUAAGAGUGUUAAUCCAUGUUAAUCUUUGUGAAAAUUAUCGUGUGCGACAGUAUUUUCUUGUGUACUGCUUUUUUCCUAUGUGAAUUGUCCCUUUAUUUUUUUUCGUUGUUCUUCUUAUUCCUUUUUUUUUUUUUUUUUUUUUUCUUUUUUUUUCUUUUUUUUCUUCUUCUUUUUUUCUUUUGGUAAAUGCGUCUUCUUUUAAAGAAAAAAAUAUUAAAAAAAAAUCAAAAAAAAAAAAAAAAAA